AUGAGCGAAGACCAGCUGGGGAACACGGCAGAUGGGAAACACGGCAGAUGGGGAUCACGACAGAUGGGGAACACGGCAGAUGGGGAUCACGACAGAUGGGGAACACGGCAGAUGGGGAUCACGACAGAUGGGGAGCACGGCAGAUGGGAUCACGGCAGAUGGGAUCAGGCAGAUGGAGAACACGGCAGAUGGGAUCACGGCAGAUGGGGAUCACGACAGAUGGGGAGCACGGCAGAUGGGGAUCACGGCAGAUGGGAUCACGGCAGAUGGGGAACGGCAGAUGGGGAUCACGACAGAUGGGGAACACGGCAGAUGGGGAUCACGACAGAUGGGGCGGCAGAUGGGAUCCGGCAGAUGGGGAUCACGGCAGAUGGAACACGGCAGAUGGGGAUCACGGCAGAUGGGGAUCACGGCAGAUGGGGAACGGCAGAUGGGGAACACGACAGAUGGGAACACGGCAGAUGGGGAUCGACAGAUGGGGUAAAAUGCACAUGGGAACACGGCAGAUGGGGCACGACAGAUGGGAACACGGCAGAUGGGGAAACGGCAGAUGGGGUAAAAUGCAUGGGGAACAAGACAGAUGGGGAACACGGCAGAUGGGGAACGGCAGAUGAGGACGCGGCAGAUGGGGAACACGACAGAUGGGAACACGACAGAUGGGAACACGGCAGAUGGGGAACGACAGAUGGGGAACACGGCAGAUGGGGAACACGGCAGAUGGGGAACACGGCAGAUGGGGAACACGGCAGAUGGGGAACGGCAGAUGGGAACACGGCAGAUGGGAACACGGCAGAUGGGGAACACGACAGAUCACGGCAGAUGGGGAACACGGCAGGGGGCACGGCAGAACACGGCAGAGGGGGGACGGCAGAUGGGGAACACGGCAGACGGGAACACGGCAGAUGGGGAACGGCAGAUGGGGAACACGACAGAUCACGGCGAGUGGGAACACGGCAGAGGGACACGGCAGAGGGAACACGGCAGACGGGAACACGGCAGAGCGGGAACACGGCAGAUGGGGAACGGCAGAUGGGGAACACGACAGACGGGGAACACGGCAGAUGGGGAACACGGCAGAAGGGGAACACGACAGAUGGGGAACACGACAGAUGUCGAUCGCGGUAUAAAAGAAUUAAGUUAUCUUACUCAAGGGCCUUUGUUAUUGAACUCAAAGAGUUAAGAUCAUUGCACUCAAAAGAUUAA